CACAUUUCAACAUGUCACAUUUCAACAUGCCACAUUUCAACAUGCCACAUUUCAACAUGUCACAUUUCAACAUGCCACAUUUCAACAUGCCACAUUUCAACAUGUCACAUUUCAGCAUGCCACAUUUCAACAUGCCACAUUUCCACAUGUCACAUUUCAACAUGCCACAUUUCAACUUGUCACAUUUCAACUUGUCACAUUUUAACAUGUCACCAACCCAUUGGACAGUGUUUCAUGUGGUUUAAACAGAUGAGUGAAUUAAAUCUCUGUAAUUCAAAAAUUAAUAUUUAGACGGACUUAGAAAAAAAACUUAAUGUCAAUGGUUUUAUGUGUAUUGAGAAAUUUUCUAUGUGUUGAUUAGACUUGGACUUAAGGAGCAAUUUUUGUGUAGUAGAACAAUAUUUUGACUUGAAAAAAAAAAUUAGUAAACAUGAAAG